AUGAGCCUUCUCCACAUCGUUUCCCUCUUCAUCCUCCCAGCGUUCCUCAAUGGCCAGACAACAACGGCACCACCACCACUUUGUGCACAAUGUACUCCAAGCCAAAUCACUCUCCUGUCCGGAUCGAUUCCUGUUACUGUUGUUGGCCCUGUUAAUGGGACUGGUUGUUUCAAGAUGAAUCUGAAAUGUGUCGCCGAUGAGCUCUAUACACCAUUCAUGCAGCUCAAUGGCAAUAUUGGUGGACCGCCACCAAGUGGAAACACGGUCAUCGUUCAGUUGGCUUGCAUGAACAAACAAUGGUUCUACCUCAACUCCUAUGUAAUCACAAAGGCUCAAUGUCAACAAGCAUUGUUU